AUGGUAUUUAAGCAAGGGACAAAGCUUUCGCGUGCCAAGAAGGCAUUUGACAAUUACGACUGGGAAGGUUCCUGGGUCUGGGAAAUCGGUGUUGUCUACCUUGCCCUCUUAAUAGGCUUUCUGGGAUACGUGGAUGGGAAAGCCUAUCUCAGCUGGCAAUAUUCUAUAUCUCCUAAUGCAGUCAUCUCCGUCAUUGCGAAUUUCGCGAAGGCAGCGAUGCUUGUUUUAGUUUCGAUCUGUCUUGGCCAGUUGAAGUGGAGACAGGGCCACGAUCAAAACCCACGCAGCUCUAUCAUUUCCAUCUUCUUGAUGAAGCCAGCCGUGGUCCUUGGGGAAUUGGCAGGAGCAGCACUGAUGGUUCUUGCUGUUGCGAUUGAUCCUUUUACACAACAGAUCUUAUCAUUUCCAUCACGACAAGUACAAGUGCUGAAUGAGACUGCAUAUGUCUUUAAACCGCAGGAGUUCCACACCAAAUCGGAUGGGGGUGCAUUUCGAAUGGAUCCUACAAUGCAGAUUGCCAUGUUCAAUGGAUUGACACAAACAAACGCUCCUCUCGACCCAAUAUGUCCUUCGGAAUCCUGCGAUUAUCCCGACUUUACCACGCUUGGAAUUUGCACAAACAGCCACACAAGACUGCCGGCCAAUUCCAAGCCCAUAUUCUGGACGAACUCUACCCAGAAAUGGUCGGAUUGGCAUAUGCGCUUAGGCGUUGGACAAACUAAAGUUAGCGGAAGAGCUUAUCAAACUGAGACGUACAUUCUUGUCCGUUGGCUGCGGGCUAUUCUUCCCAUAGUAACGGUCAUCUUGUCUAUCUCUCUCUUCCUGGCUACAGUGAUUGUUAGUCGAGGUCAACCCGUGCUAUGGAAAUCGUCCGUUUUUCCGCUCCUCAUGGGGCUGUUGCAGGUUGCUCCAGAACAUGAAAUCGCCAACAUUCGGCAUUUAGGCCAGAUACAGUCUAUGUCGAAGGAAAUCAAGAUUGUUGUAGAAGGAAAGGAUAAUGGUCCCCUUUUGUUCUCAGAGCGAUAA